AUGUUUAGUGGGGGACUGUUAGAGAUAGCUAGGGCUUAUCAUGCCAAAGUAUUGGAACAUUAUGCAAACCCUAGGAAUGUGGGUACUUUUGCCAAAACAGUGUCUAAUGUAGGUACGGGUCUGGUGGGAGCACCGGCUUGUGGGGAUGUUAUGCGGUUGCAGAUCAAAGUGGACGGGGAUCGAAUUGAGGACGUUAAAAUCAAGACAUUUGGAUGUGGGUCGGCAAUUGCCUCUAGUAGUUUAGCUAGUGAGAUGAUUAAAGGGAAGACAUUAGAUGAAGCUUUGCGUAUUAAGAACGUGCAAAUUGCUCGAGAGCUGUCUUUGCCGCCCGUUAAACUGCACUGUUCUUUGCUGGCUGAAGAUGCGAUUAAGGCUGCUAUUAUGGAUUAUAAGCAGAAGAAGGGAAUAGAGUAG